AUGCCAAGCACGUGUGCUGCAGGCGACGACCCGUCCGAGGGCGCUGCCGAGGCAGACCCGCCCUUCCCUUGGCGCGCCGUCCUCAUCCUUCUCCUGGUGCGGCUCGGCGACGGCCUCGUCUCCGUGAUGCUUUAUCCGAUGCUGCCAUUCAUGGUGGCCGGCUUCGGCGUGCCGCCGAGCAGCGUCGGCAUGUGGGUCGGCGUGCUGGGCACCUCGUACAACCUGCUGCAGAUCCCGGCCAACGUGGCCUGGGGCCACGCCUCUGACCGCUUCGGCCGGCGGCCCGUCAUGCUGCUCGGCCAGCUGUCCCUCGCCGCGGCCACACUCGCUCUGGGCGUCUCGCGCUCGCUCCCCUUCGCCAUCGGCGCCCGCUGCCUCUCCGGAGCGCUCCACGGCAACCUCAGCGUCGCCGCCGCCGCCGCCUGCGACGUGACUCGGCCGGCGGAGCGUGCGCGCGCCUUCUCACUGCUCGGCCUGGUCUUCUCGCUCGCCUUCGGCCUCGGGCCGCUUCUCGGCGCCCUCCUCUCCCGCCCUGCCGCCUGGGACCCCGCCGUCCGCAAGUCGCCGCUCGACACGUACCCGUACCUCCUUCCGUGCGCCGCCGCGUCGGCCGUCUGCAUGCCUGCGGUGCAGUGCGGGCAUGGGCGCGCUGUGCGCCGCCCACUGCGGCUACGGCUUCCUCGCCUCAUCGCCGGCUCGCUCUCCUUCCCCUUCCUCGCCGCGCGCCACGGGCCCGCUGCCGUCUACCGCGCCGCCGCGGGCCUCUACUUCUUCUCAAACUCGCUGAUGCCCCAGCUCACCUCCGCCCAGCGGCUCGGCGCCCUCCCCCUGUGGGCCUCUGUCGUCGCCAUCUCCCUCGUCCGAUCCCUCGGAGGCCCGCUCGGCUUCCCCGCGCUGGCCGUGCUCCUCAACGCCGCCCUCGCCGUGGGCGAGAGGCCGCGGGCGAGACGACCACCGCUGGCCCGCUUCCCCAAUCUCCGCGUCGUCACUCUCCGCGGCGGCGAAUGA